AUGCAAUCGGGAACCACCCCAUUCAAGGUCAUACUGUUAAAAACUUGCAUAGCUUCAUUCAUUAGGUUGAGCUUAAACAGCCCGCGGAUAGACGCAUUAUAUGUCACGACACCUGGCGAAAAACCCUUCUCGGGCAUCACUUUGGUCAUGAAGUCCAAAGCUUUUUUCGAUUUGCCUGCAUUUAAAAGACCAGAAAUGAUGGUCGUGAAGGUGACCUCAUCUGGUCCGCAAAAUUUCCCCAUGAGCAUGUCAUUAAACACCUGCAGAGCCUUUUCGACCAUCCCCGUCAUGCAAAAUCCUUUUAUUACGGCUAAUGAUAUCCGGCUGGCAUUGGGACUCAAACAUCAAAACGAGCAAGUUCAGAAGCUCGGUUGGAUUAUUCGUACAACAAAGAGCCCUCAAAUAGAUAUUACCCUCUCUGCACAAGCUAUCAAUCACGCUGCCAAAACCCGCGUUGUUAACCUGCAAAUCCUCGUCAUUUCCAAUAACCUCCCAGAAUUCAGCCAUCAAUUUAUUUGCCUUAUCGAGAUUCCUUUCCCUCAGAACCCCACGAAUCAGAGCACUGUAAGUGAGCGCAUUACAUCGUACUCCAAAAUCAGACAUUUCAUCAAACACCUUCUGGGCAGCAUAAACCUGGCCUAUACCACAGUACCCGCCAAUCAAAGGCACGAACUCGGGCCUCUCGCCGAUCAGCGCGUUCACCACCCGCCACGUGGCGAAAGCGUCACGCCCAUCGAGCAGCCGGGCGAUGAGGACGUUGCAGGUGCGCUCGUCGGGGGCGCAGCCGGAGGUGACGAAGGAGAGCAGGCGACCGUGGGCCUCCAGGAAGCGGCCGGCACCGCAGAGGGCGUGGACGACGCUGCUGACAUUGAGGGGUCCCGGCCGGUAGCCGAGGAGGCCUAG